GCAAGGGGGAAAAGUGAAACCAGAAAGGCAGAAGCUCGGGGCGAGCGCGGGGAGAGGGGUGCAAACAGCGGAGCGCAGGGGAGCGGAAGGGGCAGGAGGAGAACGGAACGGAGGAGGAGGCCGCGAUGGCCCCGCGCUGGCUCUGCCUCCUGUGCUGCUGCUGCUGCUGCCUCGGCCCCGGCGACACCCGCGACCCUGAUGCCGCCGCCCCAGGGAGCCCCGGACACAGGGCCGCCGCCUUCCGGGAAAGUCUUAAGAGACAUCGAUACUUGAAUUCUUUGUUUCCUCAUGAAAAUUCCACUGCUUUUUAUGGAAUAAAUCAGUUUUCUUACUUGUUUCCCGAAGAGUUUAAAGCCAUUUAUUUAAGAAGCAAACCUUCCAGGUCCCCCAGAUACCCAUCAAAAGUACAGACCUCCGUUGGCAGCGUGUCUUUGCCACCAAGAUUUGACUGGAGGGACAAGCAUGUCGUGACACAAGUGAGAAACCAGCAGGCGUGCGGGGGCUGCUGGGCAUUCAGCGUGGUGGGUGCAGUGGAGUCUGCGUGGGCCAUUCGGGGGGAGCCUUUGGAAGACCUAAGUGCCCAGCAGGUAAUCGACUGCUCCUAUAAUAAUUUCGGAUGCAAUGGAGGCUCACCCCUCAGUGCCUUGACCUGGCUGAAGAAGACACGAGUAAAACUGGUAAAAGACUCAGAAUACCCAUUUAAAGCACAGAAUGGCCUGUGUCAUUACUUUUCCAGCUCACACCCUGGAUUUUCAAUCCAAGAUUAUGCUGCAUAUGACUUCAGUGCCCAAGAGGACGAGAUGGCCCGAGUGCUACUGCUGUCCGGCCCGUUGGUGGUGAUCGUGGACGCGGUGAGCUGGCAGGACUACCUGGGCGGUGUCAUCCAGCACCACUGCUCCAGCGGCGAGGCCAACCAUGCAGUGCUGGUCACCGGCUUUGAUCAGACAGGCAGCACCCCGUACUGGAUCGUACGCAACUCGUGGGGGAGCUCCUGGGGAGUGGACGGCUACGCCUAUGUGAAAAUGAGAAGCAACGUCUGUGGUAUUGCAGACUCUGUUUCUGCCGUAUUUGUGUGAUUUGUUGGGGACAUGAGAACGCAGUAAGGAAAAUAAAACCUAUGCCACCUAACAAAGGUAUUUUACGUUAAGCAUGACUCACCUUCAAGCUUUGGCAACUGCUUAUGGAAGUGUCUCGUGGUUGGUCCAAUCUACAAUAAGUUGCAGAAGCCUCCUCCUUGGAGAGGUGGACCCCAAAACCCCUCUGGACCCCUCAGGGGAGUUGCGGUACUCAGCCAGCAAGAUCUGUGUCUGUUUCCCACUCUAGAAGGAAGUGGGACGAGAUGCUCCUUCAGGGUCUUCCAACUGGAAGAAGUCAACAUCUGCUGAUUUUCAUUUUAACAUGGAACUUUGUACAGGUCUGAUCAAGGAGGUGGUAGUUGUUCAUUUUCCUUCAUGGGAUGCAACGUGUAGACUGACAUUACCCUUCUCCUUCUUGAGAACAUGGGCCUCAGGCUGGGAGCCUCACAGGAACCUCAGCAGCAUUCCAAGAGGCAACCAUGUUGUCAAGAGCUGGACGCUGGUUGCUUUACUCACCUCAUAGUGCUCACCUUUGAACCGAAGGGGACGACGGACAAAGGAAGACAGAGACAUGAAAAUUAUUUUCUGAAAAUUUUCAUUGUCAGCAGAAAUCUAACAGAUACAGUUUUUUAGAUUCUUCUGUCUGCAUUACAGAACAAAGUAUUCUUCCAUGCUCACUCACUGUCUUUUACUCUUUACAGCAUCUUUCCCAAAUGUGCCUGCUGGUUUGGUUUCCCUGACUGAAGAAUUGAUCUUGUACCUCGCUUUCUAUGUUGAUUUUCUCCUUACUUAAUAGGUUUCCUUUAGCAACACCAGGAGCACACCUGGCUGCCUGCCGUGAGCCUUUCAAGUUUCUUUUCCCAUAUCAUUCAAAACAAGGGGGAAAAAUGUGACAUACCCCAGGUUCUCUGACUUCUGUUUUCUGCUUUGAUCGCCUGGUCUCUGUCAGCUCUUGCUUUGUGCUUCCCUUCUCCUUUUGAGUGGCCCAUGGGGCUCAGUGCCUGUUGUCCUCCCUGUGUCCGAUUCUGUAAGUGACACAGAUGGAUGCACUGCAAGGAACUUUCCUCCUCAGCAGUUAUUAAUAAUGGACUGUGCCUAGAAAGGACAUGUGGGGCUCAUACCCAUACCCUGCAGCAAGGAUGGGAGCACUUCUUGUGUGGUGGUGUUCUAAGACCCUCAGCAAGUAUUUUACCACAUAGGUACAGUUUCAUCAAAACAUUUCUUGACAUUGUAAUCAAAUCCACUAUUUUUCUGAGAAAACAAAUGUAUAUUUUAUAUUGAAAAAAGAAACUCAAAAUAAAAAACUGAUCUUUUAAUCAAAUAUAAGGACAAGUCACAAAAGUUAAUAUAAAAUCAUAUCAGAUACUAUAUCUGUAAAUAUAUCUUCCCUAAAAUUUGUGAGAUUUGGUGUUCUUGUUUUGUUUUUCUCGUUUUGGUUGAAUCCAGGGUCUUUGCACUGAACUAAGACUUUUUUUUGCAUUUUCAUUUUGAAACAGGGUGUCACUACAUUGUUAAGUUUCCCAGGCUGGGCUCAAACUUCCAAUCCUCCUGCCUUGGCCUUCCAGGGUGCUGGAAUUACUAUGUGUGGUACCAUUUCCAAUUAAUGAUUGUUUUAUAAUGUAGAAGAGGUUUACCAAAUAAAACUUUACAGGAGGUAGCAACAUUAGGAAUGAAUUCUAGAAAUUCCAUUGUUCCAUAUCAUUUUUCAUAUGAUUUAUCCUUUUAUUAGAAAAGCAAAAUGAAAAUCAAACUCUUUUUCUUACACUGACCAGAAGCAAUCUCAAAAUAAUGUUGAACUCAGGUUCAGAAGUGUUCCUGGAAGAUAAACACUGGCAUUUCAGUUGACCUAUAAUAUCCAGAUACACAAGAAAAGAAUUAAAUCCUGUUUGUUCUAAUAUGGUUAGGUCAUUACCUUUUUAUAUGUUAUAAAAAUGCUUCUCUAGUAUUUUUUCAAACACUGAAGAAUUAUUAAGAAUUUCAAAAUGGUUACUUCUCAGACUUUCUGGAUUUUGGUGGAAGUUAUAAUAAAAAAAUUGCUCCAACAAAAA